ACAUACCUCAUGGUAGGGCUAAAUCUACACUGCUAGUUAACCCUACUUAGAGUACUCAAGUAGCCUGAAGACAAGUGCUAACGGCCCUUUUAGCAGAACCAGGACCUGGACCCCAACCUCCUUGCUUGGGGAUACUCCGCUUGCCUUUAAAUACCAACUGAAUUAUUCUCAUAAUUCCAAGACACUAUGGCCGGGAGCACGGAGUUGGGGAAACAGACACAACUGAGUGAGGUGGCAGGGAUCCUCCUGCAGACUGCAACUGCAGGCAACUGGAACCACAUUCAGAGCUUUGAGGCCAAGCCGGAUGAUCUCCUCAUCUGCACCUACCCUAAAUCAGGGACAACAUGGAUACAGGAAAUCGUGGACAUGAUUGAACAGAGUGGGGACGUGGAGAAGUGCCAGCGAGCCCUCAUCCAGCACCGCCACCCUUUCAUUGAGUGGGCUCGGCCACCCCAGCUCUCCGGUGUGGAAAAAGCCAAAGCGAUGCCCUCUCCACGGAUACUAAGGACUCACCUUCCCACGAGGCUGCUGCCACCAUCUUUCUGGGAAAACAACUGCAAGUUCCUUUACAUAGCUCGGAAUGCUAAAGACUGUAUGGUUUCCUACUACCAUUUCCAAAGGAUGAAUCAAAUGCUUCCUGACCCUGGUACCUGGGAUGAGUAUUUUGAAACCUUCAUCAAAGGAAAAGUGGCCUGGGGUUCCUGGUUUGACCAUGUGAAAGGAUGGUGGGAGAUAAAAGACAGAUACCGAGUUCUCUUCCUCUUCUUCGAGGACAUAAAGAGAGACCCAAAGCGUGAAAUUCAGAAGGUGAUGCAGUUCAUGGGAAAGAGCCUGGAUGAAACAGUGAUAGAUAAAAUUGUCCAGGAGACAUCAUUUGAGAAAAUGAAAGAAAAUCCCAUGAUAAAUCGUUCUACAAUUCCCAAAUCUAUCCUGGAUCAGUCCAUUUCCCCCUUCAUGAGAAAAGGAACUGUGGGGGAUUGGAAAAACCACUUCACUGUGGCCCAAAAUGAGAGGUUUGAUGAAAUCUACAGGAAAAAAAUGGAAGGAACCUCCAUAAACUUCUGUAUGGAACUCUGAACAGGCCAUAAAAGGUGAACAAGCCAGAAUGCAGAUGCUAUUUUCAAUGCUUCGGCCCCAGCCAAAAGAAUCUCUGAAAGCAUGUUGUAAAUGUAUAUGAUGUGGUGCAAACCAUCUCUGAGAUUAUUAACAAUAUGUCACAACUUUAUUUUUAAAAAUUCUAUUGCCUAUUUUCUCAACUAUUCUUUCCAAACUAAGAAAGAAGAUAGUUUAACAAACGAAGUAAAA